CUAAAAAAUCUACCGUUUAGGGGUUUUUUCAUAAUGCCGCAAUUAUAGUUUGCCAUGCCAAACAAUUUUUUUUGGCAUGUACAUUGGAAUAGGCCAUGUAGUUUUUAAAAUUUGAAACCCCAGCCAGGAUCAUAAAAGUUUGUUGACCAGUCAAAUUUAGAGGGUCUCUAAUCUUGAACCGACGUGAAACCUAGUGUUUUCUUUCCCAAUUUGUUUUUUUUCUUAAAGUCGGGGUUUACUUUCUUCCUUUCCUUUUGCGCCUCCUUGUUGGUCAGGGAUCCGGUUAUUUAUCAUCUCUUGAUACAAUAGGCCUCUAGGGUUCUUAAUUUAUCAUUAAGUUAUGACGUGUUUGAGAAAGAAGAGCAGUGCAAUCACCCAUGAUGGCGGAGUGCAGAACAAAUUUAUCAAAAUAAAAGAAGAGCUGAACAAAAAGGAUAGAGGAAAACAAGUAAAGAAUAAAAGAGUUAUUGUAAGGGGAAAAAAAAACUUUGAUGAAGAUGAGCAAAAAAAGGAGAGAUUUCUAGUUAAAAAAAUUGAUGAAAACUACAAGGAUGGAGCAAUAGCUGUAGAAAAGCGAAAAAGGGUCGAGAAUAAAAGAGUUAUUGUGAGGAAGAAAAAAACCUUUGAUGAAGAAGCGAAAAAGGAAAGAUUUUUGGUCAAAAAAAUUGACGGAAACAACAAAAAAAAAAAUCUCUGGAAUUUUUUUUUUGGUGAUUAUAAUCAGUCUCUUCCGUGUCUUCCUGAAGAACUUAUAGUUGAAAAUAUUCUGACGAGAUCAUCAGGUCGGACUCUAGCACUAUGCAGCUGCGUGAGUAAGUUAUCGUACAAUUCAAUUUAUAAUGAUACUAGAUUUGCUGCCUCUCAUUACAUUCAUAAUCAAAAUAAAUUGUGAGUCUCUUUUUUAGUCUCCUUAAACCGGUAGAUGCUAGUGACAAUGAGAUGUUGGCCUACAUUCUCGGUCUGGAAACAGAAAAGAAGGAUAACGAUAUUUUCAGGUUUAGAACUUAUGCAGAGCAAGGUGGGACAGGCACAACUGAAUUAGUAGGAUAUUGUAAUGGUUUAGCAUGUUUUAAACUAGGGAAUGAAGAAGCUGUAAGUGCAGUAGUAGUAGUUAAUCCGACCAGGGGUGAACGAAUUGGUCUGUACUAUCCCAAUGAUUCGGAAUUUAUCCUCUUGUGUCAUGGUUUCGGUUUCGAUUCGUUGUCACAAAAAUAUAAGGUUGUAGUUAUUGUUAAGAAAAAAAAAGCUCCUGAGGUUACUUGCAUGGUUUGUACAUUAGGAACCAAUUCAUGAGACACAUAACUACAACAGUUGCUGAAAUCUCACCACCGCCUGGUGCUCAUGCUCUUCCUAGCCAAGCAGUAAUAAGAAUUUCAAGAAAUUUUUGCACAUCAGCUACUGUCUGUGGGGGUGAUCUUAUUUGGAGGAUAACUGCUAAUCGAGAAGAACAUAUGUACAACGAUAAUGAUAAGAUGGAAAUGUUGCUCUCGGUCGACCUCCAUAGUGAGAAGCUUCGGUUCAAUCGACUUCCCUUUGAAUGUACUCCGACCGGGACAAAUGAGAAUGAAUAUUUAGUAGUUGAUCAUCAUCUUCUGGAGUUUAAGGGAUAUCCUUGUAUUGCACGGUUGGAGAAGAUAAUGAUAAGCAAUACCAAUCAUCGUUGCUUAUCGAUAUUUUGUUCUUCUUCUUGUUGUUGUAAAGUUCAUAUGUAUAUGCUAAAAGACAAGGAAGAAUGGAUCAAGGGGGAGACGUUCGAUAUUCAAAUUAAGGAUCGGGAAGGUUUGCUGCCGGAUACCUUCCGUUGUUACACUGACGCUAUUACUACUUCUACUGCCAUCACCCUUCCUACACGCCUAUUGACUUUCUCCGAUCAGGUGCUAUUGUAUUGGUUUGACGGGGACUGUCUUGUGUUCUACAAUUUGCAAACAAAACAUCUCAAGGUGGUAAAGGGCACCCCAGCAACCCAUGGUAUUCAAGAUGAUGAUAAUAUGUACUGUACGCACAUGGAUUAUCAGCUGCACGCUCAAGUGGAGAACUUCCAGUCUUUGAAAACCUUCAUCCUGCAGAAAAUUCUUUUAAAUUUAAAGGCUUUGCUGAUAGUUGCCAGUUUAUGUCAAAAAAGAAGCUUAAAGCAGGUACCCUGAUCACCGGAAGAGACGAGUUAACUUAUUAUGGUUUCUUAUAGUUUGUUUUGUCCUAUGAUCUAACUUCAGUAACGGUCCUGAAGACUGAUGCACGGGAAGAAAUGGCAUUGAGAAGCGCAAGGUGCAGUCGGUAAAGAUUUCACUACAGUGCCACAAAUUUGCAAGCUGAUCCUAAGUAAUCGCUCUUGCUCUUUUGAUUCCAGAAGAACGACUUCGCUAGGAUCCGGAACUUGCUGCCCGAUCCGACACUCCAAGAGACAGGCACGGUUCAGUAGUCAAAGGAACUUCAUCACUUUCAUGUACCCAUCGGACUAGGCCCCUUUCGGGUUUUGAUUUCAAAUUUCAAAUUUUUUUGGGGAAUGGUUUUAUUUAUAUGCAUGAUUAUGAUGUAUGUGGUAGCCUAUUUACAAACGCUUAUUAGUCUUAGGAACUGAAUUGGAAGAAUUCUGGUUGUUGAGUUUGUCACUGCAUUCUCACUUUCAAAUAAUCUAAAUUUGAUGUUGGGUUUUGUAAAUUCAUUGAUGUUUUGUACUUGUUUGACAUGAUGGCAUAAUAAUUGUGAAUUCACGAAUUCCAUCUGAUGCAGCCAAAGCAGCACAAUGCCUCACCAGUCCUUUAUUGCCUGGUAGUUGAUGUUUUUCUGUCUGUGCUCAAGGAUUACUCUCUGGAGUUGGUAGAUCUUUGACAACAGGUACAUUGUUGGUACUUAACUGAUGGAUUGUAUUUAGUCGACCGAUUUUAUCAUAUUUCCAGUUUUUUGAGUUCCCAUAUUGAUUUCAAGGUGGACUAGAAACUGUUAAAUCUGAAGAUGGAUGUUUCUGUUCAGGACUCUUAAGCACUGAAAGACAUUAUCUGACUUCAGUCCUGUAUAUAUAAAUAAGCCAAAAUGACAUCUUUCCUAUCAAUUUUUGCGCCUUCAGAAAACAUUUUGGUGGAAGAGGAGAAACGACGAGAUUUCGCCCAGUGUGUUUAGAAUUAUUGUCUUAUGAUGCUACUCACCAAAUAGCAUAGGUUAAUAUUUUUAUUAUACUACUUGGUUAAUUUUGAUUUUUGAAGAAUGCAUUCAUGAUUUUUGUUGAACCACUACCUGUCUGUAUGCUGCACCCAAUAGAGGGCUGUUUAUAUUUUAUAUUUGUGCGGGCCGUCCACCAACUUUGUAGCAUACAAGAGAUGCAUCGGCAAAGUUAACUUCAAUUAUUUCUCUGUUCUUAUUUAAAAAGUGUCACUGGUUCCAGCCUUCAUUUCAUAAUCUGCAUUUCCAACAUAUGUUCGGUAAGACAUUGUUAUAGGCAUGGCCCCAUGAGUAUGCUAGCUAGCCACCUACUCAUUAUUAUUUUAACACGAUUAACCUAAACAAAAAUUAAAUACCAAAUCAAAUAGGAUAGGAAAACUUCUUAAAAUGAUAAGAAAAUCUCUUCAUUUCUCUGUAAAACAAGCUUGUUGCUGUUUGAGGAUCCUCCAAUGGCACCUAAAGGUGGUGCCUUGCAAAAAAAAAGUUGGCAAACAAAGGACUCACAGAAACAAGGUGGCAUAUGGUAGAGCUUCGGAAGGUUUGGCUGAAAGUAUAGCUGAAUAUUUGUCAAGUACACAGGGUUCCGGAUAUACUCCUGAUCAUAUAGCGUCUCCGGUAAGUACUAGUAGUAGCAGUUUCAAGUCUUACGAUACUGCAAGUCUUAAAAAAAAUGAAAAGAAACAAUUCUUCAAAUUAUGAUUCAGACCACUCGCCAAAAACACAAAGGCAGACAACUAUUCCAGACGACGGAUGGGUGAUUGAAAUCAACAGUUACGGUGAAGGUGCGGGCUAUGGUUCGGGUAAAGCGUGGACAAUCUAUAGGGUACCGAGGAACAUGUUUGAAAUUUCGAAAAAUGCUUUCAUUCCUAAGCUCGUAUCCGUAGGUCCUUUUCACUAUGGUGAUCAUUGUUACAAGGCUAUGGAGGGACAUAAGAAACGGUAUCUUCUUCGUCUAUUGGGAUACACCGAUGAUUCGGAUGGUUUUGCUGAAUCACAGUCGUCGUCUGAUAGGAAACAACAUGUUGGCCUAGGCAGCCUGGUAAGUCGCAUGAUGGAUUUAGAAAAAACUACAAGGGAGUGCUACUCAGAAACUGUGCAUAACAAUAAGAGCAAGAGUUUUGUUCAGAUGAUGGUGAUGGAUGGUUGCUUUAUUGUCGAACUUCUUCGCCUUCAUCGCAACUCAAUCAGCAACAAGGAUGUCGAUGAUCCAGUCUUCACAACCAGGUGGAUGUUAUGUACACUUCAACGAGAUUUAUUGAUGCUAGAAAACCAACUUCCGUUUCAGGUUCUCGAAGUCCUCUUUGACUUGACUAAACUACCUGGACAAGAGAGCGUACAUCUGGUUGAUCUCGUUCUUGAGUUUUUCAACCCACUUCUCCCAAGAGGCAAGGAAAAAUUAAAGGUAAAUCCAAAUGAUAAGUACGAUCACAUGCUAGACGUAUUUAGAACCGGUUUCCUAGCGGCCAUUCCUCCUGCUGCUGAUCGGGUAGAAGAUUUGGUGACCGAUAAGAGUAGUGAUCUCUUGAAUUGUGCUACAGAACUCCAAGAGGCAGGACUCGAGUUCUCAAAGUCACAACAGCCGACAGACUUACUAAACAUACAAUUCGAUCGGCCCAGUGGUACUCUGAACAUUCCACCUCUACGAAUGGAUGACAACACAGUACCUCUCUUUCUUAAUUUUAUGGCCUAUGAACAAUGUGAUCGAGAUGCACAGCCUUAUUUCUCAAACCACUUCAUGUUCUUGGAUAGGCUAGUGAACACAGCAAAAGAUAUCGAGGUUCUACAUAAUAAUGGGGUCAUAAAUCAUGAGUUGGGCAGCGAUAAAGAUGUAGCUAUUUUGAUCAAUAGGCUUAGCAGGGAGAUUAUCUAUGACGCCAACUCAUGUCAUUUAAGGGAGCCUAUGAGGGAAAUAAAUCUUUAUCACAAUGAGUGUGCUAAAAAAUGUCACGUUUGGUUCAAGGCGCUAAAACGUGACUACUUUAGUAGUUCUUGGACAUUAGCUUCACUCUUUGCAGCCAUAUUUUUAUUAGUACUCACUGUUUGCCAGACCUUUUUCUCUGCUUAUGCUUAUUUUAAGCCACCAAACUGAGGUGGAUUUAUUGACGAUUAUCAAAUGUGAAUACUGGAACCUGAAUCAACUUCUCUUUUCCUUCCUCUUGAUCAUAUUUACGCUUAUGGAUGGAGAAAUGUACUUCAAUUGGUUUUCUAAUUGCUA